GCUCGAGUGGCGAGUAGAACAGAGCGACCAAUGAAAUUCAUAUCGACGAAUAAAAUUCGGGUGCCAGCAAGGUAUUAUCGGAAAGCGUAGUCAGUCAAUGGAAUUUAAAGCGAUCAAUUAUCGAGACACACGAGUGAGAAAAGGAGAUAUCGGAAAGGUAUUGGAAGGAUAGCACGCGGACGGUCCGCGUGCAGUGAUCGAAUGACAAGGGGGUGGUGCGCGCGUUUCCACCGUUCGAGGAUCGGCGCGCGUUGUAGGUGCACCUUCUGCGCCAGCGUAUCAGGCUUCUCGCAAUACACACGAAUGGUGCGUCCUGCCGCGCGCGCCAAGUGUCUACGAGAGGAAGCGCAGCGACGGAGCCGAGCUAAGCUCGGCUUUCCUCGACCGACCGUAGGCGCAGUCUCUCAUCGUCAGUCUUUCUCGUCCCUAGCUUCGAGAGAGCACGUUUUCGGAGUCAGAUCUACCUUGGAGUGUGUCCACCUCGUAACAACCCUUAGCUGUCCUCGGUCAUUGACCCGACACAUCGGACCCGUUCUCGCCGUUCACGCGAUCCUUCACGGUGCUGUGUGCAGUGUGAUCUCUCUUAAGAGAAGUGUCCGCUUUGCGGGGUGCAAUCGGUAUCGUCACACACGAUUCCCGGCGAGAAUAAACAACACACAGCGUGUUACGUGUGCGUAUAUAUACGUCGUUUCCCCGUUUUGUCCCUAUUGGUCAUUGUCAUCUCGUUGUACGUCUCACCAUCCCGUUGCGUUUCGUUGCUCUCACGCAUACGUACGCCGCUGACUCGAGUCGCGCCGUGCGACUGUCCACGAGACGAGUGUACACGAGAGACGAGUCUAUCGGAGAAGCGUCAGAAGCAUGGGGGAUCAGCAGCAAACGGACCAGCAGCAACAGGAAGCCGUGCCAAGCGUGGUGGAGUUGAACGUGGGCGGUGUAUUUUACACCACCGCUCUCACCACCCUCACCCGGGAGAGCGAUUCCCAUUUGGCCGCUUUGUUUUCGGGGAAAACAUCAGUGGAGAAAGAUGCCAAGGGAAAGUACUUCCUGGAUCGUGAUGGGGUCCUCUUUCGUUAUGUCCUCGAUUUCCUACGCAAUCAGGCACUGGUAUUGCCGGAAGGGUUUCGAGAGAAGGAGAGAUUGAAGCAGGAAGCGAAUUUUUACGGUCUACCCGGCUUGGAACGUGCCAUUUUGGAGAACGGCAAGUCUUCCGGUUCCUUGACCUCCUCCGGGAAGAAAACAUCCGGCCACAUAACCGUCGGUUACCGCGGGAGCUUCGCGUUCGGCCGCGAAGGCCUGGCCGAUGUAAAGUUUCGCAAGCUGUCGAGGAUCCUCGUAUGCGGCCGCGUGACUCUUUGCAGAGACGUAUUUGGGGAGACAUUGAACGAGAGCCGCGAUCCAGACCACGGUACCACCGACCGUUAUACCUCUAGAUUCUUUUUAAAGCACAGCUCCAUCGAGCAAGCUUUCGACAUGCUUCAAGAGCAAGGUUUCAAGCUGGCUGGUAGCUGCGGUUCCGGCACCGCUGGCAGCAAUUCGGAACAGCUGAAGCCCGGAGUGGAUUCCGAAGAGAAUCGUUGGAAUCACUACAACGAGUUUGUCUUUGUCCGCGAGUAAAUCAGCAUACUUCUUGGUUCUUCCUUGGUCUGAAUUAGCUGAACGGCUAAACGAGCAGGUUGUUGAGAAUAAUCGACGCGACCCGAUCGACAGAGAUCAUGUUCCAGCAACGAUGCAGAAUUCUUCGAUUUCUUUUUUUUUUUUUUUUCUCGUCGGCGACGAAGACACAGAGGAGUCGGUUUCUCGAAGACAUUCCUCUCUGAACUGGUAGAGUAAAGAGUAGAUGAACUUUUUUCGUCGUUACACGACCAUCGUGCAUGUACUAUUCAAACUCAUCGAGCUACAUUAGAUCGAUAUCGUCACAACUUUCGUUUUAAAAUAUUCCUCGCUCUUCGCUUCUUCCACGGAGCAGGACUUUAAGAAAAAAAAGAAGCACUGUAACAGGUUCAGUCAUUGUUUGGACGAAACAAUGAAAAUGGCGUGUAGAUCAUUGUUGAAAUUGUCAGGCUCGUCCCUAACACGUGUACUUUAACGUGGCGUUGAACGUCGGUCGAAGUACUCCGGGGGUGAAACAAAGCCGAGUUUACCUUGCUUAAUUCAACGGUGAUUGACGGCAGUACAGAGACCGAAAAAACUUGGAAGACGACAGAAGGAAACAACGGGUUAGAUCGUCGGGUUUUUAGAAAUUUGUUUCGCUGUUUGACUUAUUGAAGAAGAGUUAUUGAAGAGAAAUUACUAACUUGAGGAGAACAAAAGCUAUAACGAUGGAGAGAUACGAACAACGCUGGAUGAUGAGGGAAAAUCAAUAUUUGAUCGCAAGAUUCGGAGAAAGUUUGAACGAAAGUCGCCUCAUCCUCUUUUUUCCGUUUCUUUCUCAAGAUUCGUAUUCACCACGUAUCUACAGCUCAUUCUUCGCACUUAACCGUUCACUCGCUGGAUGCUACGCUAUCCCUGGUUGAAUCGAAAAAGUUUCGCCUCGAAAAAUACGACUUAAAGUUUGGUAUUGAUGAUCAGAGAUUCUUUGAAAAUAUUCUCCACGCUUUUCUAUGUCACCCGAGAGGAAGCCGUCGGAACGUUUCAAAGUACGUAACGAGAUGCGGACUCGACGUGUUUUUCAUCGAUCUUUCCAUCGAUACACAUUGAAAAAAGGAAAUGACCAAAGGAGAUCUUUAACGAGACCACUUUCACGUCUACAGCGUGAAUCAACCCGACCUGUUUGAUAUUGAAAUUAUUUUAAAACGAGUAUCGAAGUAGUCGAAGAAGUCUGAACUCGAGGGAUUAACAGGACGCAGCACCCGACGUUUCUCUAUUAAAUGAUAUACAAUGACGAAAUCAUCUCUACUCGAUGUGUACUAUUAUCUUCUCGACGAGUUGGAAAGGGAACAGGCAAGGACGGAUUCGAGCAAGAUUCAGCUUCAAACAACGCUGGUCGACUGUUCGAGGUUGAACUUGAUAUUGGACAGUUUGCAUGUGUUGCACUGGAACGAGUCUCGUGUGUACGUAUCGUGUAACGUAAAUUGUAUGUACGUACAAGCCGACCUAACCGGUGUUAAACAUAUGUCGAGCGGCUCGAAUAGCGUGUACGUUGAACGUCUCUUUUAAAUGAUUCUUUGUUAGACUCUCACUAGAGAUUACACGCUAUUGAUCUUCGGUUUCACGUGCAUGAAAUUGUGCGGUGCAAAUAACGCUGGGGAGCACGCUCGCUUUUGACGUUGGUCGUGUCGCGUGUAGCAUGUAUCAGGUGUGUUUCUUAUGAAUUUCUGACGUUAGGCAGAAAUAGUUGUAUCUCACUUGAUACGGUGGAAUAUGUAGGUAUUUUCUGAUCGUGUAGAGAAAUUCGAUUGAAUUCUUUUCGCCCGUGGUGAAAAUCGUUGAGCGUCCUAAAUGAUUCGAUUAAUUUGCAGCGAGUACACCUGGGGACGAUAAAAGUUUCGAAUGGAACGAACCGGCGUUCGCGUAUUUACCGGCGGGAAAACGACCGAGACGAAACUGCUAUCAGCGACGGACAAACGAGACUUGAAUUUUUCGUGAGUUUUCUCUGCUCCUUCGUGAAAGUAAACGAAAUAAGCGACCAAAUUGCUUGUGUUUUAUCAAAGAACCGUCAUGUCGGAUAUAUUUCGCUGAUAUUUGAGAAAGUAUUUGUGUUAUAAAUCACGAUUCAAUCUUGUCAUGUUCCUUGUGUCAUUUACGACGGAAUCGUGUUUCUCCAUCGUUAGAAAGAAUCGUCGUUGAUAUACGCGAUUUCAUAUCUCAAAUUUAUACUACGAUUUUUCUUGAAAUACUUACCCCUUGAAGAUAUUCGUUGGCAGGCACGAACGUUAUUAUACAUAAAUAUUCUUGAAUGUAUGAAAUUCUUUCGCGAAUAUUCACCAGUGGUAUGUACUAUUUUUCACGAGAAAAUAAGAAUUAUCUUUUUUUAAAUUUCAACGAAUUUGUCCGUAGAAAGAUUAGAAAUUGUUUCCAUUCUAUGCUCUGUUAGCAGUAAACAAGUCUCGCGAACAGAUUCAUCGAAUGAGAGACUUGUUUCAUCAAAAUCUCGGCAAUUUUUCAAGGUAAACAAUCGUGGUCCUAUCAAGCUUAAGCAAAAUGGUUUAGCUCGAGAAAAAGAAACAACAUUUAAAUAUAUGUAUCUAGAUUCAGCGCGAGUCCACGUAGAUCUGUUGUCUGUCUCACUGUGUUCCUCUGUUUCUUAUUUUUAAAGUGAACGCGGUCGAGUCGAAUUGAUAUGGUUUCCGCGCGAUCAUUUUCCUCCUGGAGGCACAAUCUUAUCGUCGGCUUAUGUAGAUUCCUUUCUUCCGGCACACUAGUUCUUCUUAGAUUCCGCAUAGAAUUAUUCACGGCGUCGCGUUACAUUUGGUCGCGACCACAGAUGCGAGUAUCGACGAACGUUCAUGCAGGAUCGACUUGCAAAACGGCAGUGCACUACGUGAACGAUGCAGCGUGAAAUUGCGAAUUUGAAUAUCGCCAAGUCGUGUUCGGCUAUCGUCAGAAACGAUACGUUCCGGUACGUACAAAUCGUAUGUACGUAAAAAUGUACAAACCGAUAAGAUGUGGCGCAUCCGUUAUAAUUUGUUAUUAAACGUACAAAAUGCACGUGCAACAUGCAAAGAUGCACAAGAUCAGCAAAGUGAAAUUUAAAGGAUAAAACAAAUUUUUUUCUAGUUCUUUCUCUCUAAUGGUAUAAAUUUAUAUUUUUGAAGUUUGCGUAAAUAUCCAACAGUCAGAUUUAGACCGAAAUGUUCCAUUCGAAACGGAUAGACUUUCAUUUUCGUGGCGUGUCUAUACGCGUAACAUCGAGUCGAUCGCUCGAUUUUAAAUAACAUUCUUUUCCCCCGACUCUCCGCGACUUGGUCUGAUAUCCUUGAUACCGCAAGACCAGCUACGUGCAACGGAGCCGGUUGAUUUUAGAGGCGAGCUUUUCAUCCGGAAUAUUGAAAUUCGGCAAGAGAGCAGAGCCGACCUUUUGUGCUCUGACGAUUGUACGGUUCAUUGGUAACAUGGCCGGCGUGUCAAAGGAUGCAAAAGCCAUGGGCGAUCGAGGCAGGAAUUGCUAGAAUUCGACAAGCAACCGACGACGUAAGACAGCUUUGCACGAGUGUAAAAUGUCAGUUACACACUGUUUAGACUGUCGUCAACGUCCACGAUGAAAUAGUACGCGUGCAUCGAACAUGCGUUCGUUUCAGAUGUCGCGGGAUUCGUCUUCCUAGAAUCGUCUUUUGUAUCUUAAUUUCGCUCGGCACACGAGAAACGUUCACGCGAUAGAUACAUAUAUCUGCCUGUGUAUGUAUGUACAUAUAUGUACGUUCAGGUACGUCGGAGGAAUCGAAUGUGGCAUUGGAUCGAAUGGAAACUAUGUUCAAAAUUUGACAUAUCAUUGUCGACUUUCGAUUCCGAUUUAUUGUAAGAAUCAAUAGUGGCUUAAUUAGUGUCUAACAAAAUGGACUUGACUUUUAACUUGCGAAGUUUUCUAUUGUGUCACUUUAUCGUGCACACGUAUCAAUCUUUUCAAGACCAAACGUCUCUCGGAUCGCGGAAAACGUUUUCUUCUUGUCAAUUAUCGACGACAGAGAGUAACGCCCGUUUCACGAUCUUUCUUCAAGGAUUUUCCUAAAAUUAGGAUUGCUUUUACCGCGCGAAAGGGUUGAUCGCCUGUCGUAAUAUUCUGUUCCUAUUAGAAAUCUUUAGAGGCGACGUUUGAAGCGACGUGCAUGAUCGAUACGUAGAAUCUAUUUAAAAAAAAAAAAAGAAAAAAAAGAAAAAAAAAAGGGUACGAAGUGGAACUCGAGAUAGAUCAAUGGUCAGAUUCUCUACGCAGAGAAUUCCACGAAUCACGCAAAUCCAAUUGGCCACAUUCCCAAUCCUGGUGUACCUGGCGUGUUCGUGUCGAGAUAGGCUCGAAGGAAUCUUCGAUUCCUCGAGUAUCUCUCUCGUUGAUAUCGGUUACUUUGGGUAUUUCGCUCGAGAUAUCCGUAUCUUCCAUUCUAGGGAUAGAAGUCAUUGCGAUCGUGCAGCGCGAACGAUCGAGCGAUAUCGUAGCGUGAUCUUGGAAAAAUCGGUGAGAAAUUCCCCGUGAAUGAUAAGGGUGGGAGGGCGUAAUUUAUUGAUUAGAAACAGCGUACCGCGCGGUUCCGUUCGCCAUGAAAGGAAACGAGUCUCGAACGAGCAAAUCUAGAAACCGAUCGAACGAACGAACGACUGAUUUAACAAUCAUCAGAAAGUAGGCACGAAUCGGUGGCGCGAGAACGUCUCGUUCGAGAACGCCUUUCGACAGAAAUUGACUCAGCGAACGGAGGUCGCGACGAGUUGCGUGCAUCUUUUUUAACGAACAAACGCGUUAAAAUGCGAAAACGCUCGCACGGUCGGGGCACGUGACCGGAAUCCCACUCGAAUCCAUCGAGUUGCAUUAUUCGCUGGAUUUUCUCUCGGAAUGAUCCACUGAUCAAACUUCGUCCUCGCGCAGAGUAUUUCGAGACGGGAAUCUUCAAUCACCCGGUGCCGUGUUACACGAUUCUGUCGAUCGUUGAGAGCUUGUAACGUGUAGAUUUAUGGCUUAUCACGUGAAAAUGGUGAUCUCCGGGGAUAGAGCUGGAAGGUUAAGGGUAUCGAAAUUGAAAAA